GGCGGCCCUUGUUCUCCUCAGCCCGGCUGAGCCUGACCUGUCGCUUUCACCCCAUCAACUCGACGCCGCACCGCUGCCUCAUCUGGCCGACGAGGCCUGCGUCGUUCCUGAGGCGGCGCCCGAACCGUUGAUGAUGGCACAGUCGGUGCCUCAUCAAACGCCGGACAAGAGGCGCGUCAAGGUCUACGAGCUACGUCACAAUGACUGGUUCGACCGCGGGACCGGUUUUUGCUAUGCCUGCUGGGCGCCGCCGGAAGAAGGCCAGCCGAAAGAACCCCAUGUGGUUGUCGAGUCGGAAGACCAGCCCAACCGACGGCUAUUAGAAACCAAGAUUGUCAAGGACGAUGGCUUCCAAAAACAACAAGAAACCCUCAUAGUAUGGACGGACAAUGGUGUUGAUAUGGCGCUGAGCUUUCAGGAAGCUGAAGGUUGCACCGCAAUAUGGAAAUUUAUCGACCAGGUUCAACAGACCUUCCAGCCCGGCAUGUCCGGACCGGACGACAGUCUCUCGGAUGACCUGACGAUGGAGCUGCCUCCCUCGGUCCAGCUUCCGCCAGCUGAUUUGGGCUCACUACCCGAGUUGGACAUGGCGAUCCGGAACUUGUCGCAAUCGCCUGCCGGCCGAGACGCCCUUGCGAAAACGAUUAUGAGCGAAGACUACAUCAGCAAACUCAUCCCGUUGGUAGAGAUGGCCGAGGACCUCGAGAGCCUGCCGGAUCUUCAUCGAUUAUGCAACAUCAUGAAGACGGUGCUCCUCUUGAACGACACCAGCAUAAUCGAACACGCAGUCUCGGACGAGUGUGUCUUGGGAGUGGUGGGCGCGUUGGAAUACGACCCCGAUUUUCCGAGCCAUAAGGCGAACCAUCGACAGUGGCUGAACAACCAGGGCCGGUACAAGGAGGUGGUCAGGAUCCAGGAUGAGCACGUCCGUCGCAAGAUCCAUAUAACAUAUCGGCUGCAGUAUCUGAAGGACGUUGUGCUGGCAAGGAUACUCGACGAUCCGACCUUUUCGGUCCUUAACUCGCUCAUCUUCUUCAACCAAGUGGACAUUGUCCAGCAUCUACACACCACCCCCGGCUUCAUGAUGGACCUCUUCGCCAUAUUCCACGACCCCCACCAGCAGCCGCUCCGGAAAAAGGAGGCGGUUCUCUUCAUCCAGCAAUGCUGUGCCAUCGCCAAGAACCUACAACCGCCUGCCCGCCAGGGCUUGUACGUGCACUUCCUUAAGGAGGGCCUUCUCCCCGCCAUUAACUUUGGCAUGCGCCAUCGUGACGUUUCGGUGAGAGUGGGCGCAACGGACAUUCUGGUUUCCAUGAUCGACCACGACCCGUCGCUGGUUCGCCAAACAAUAUACGAGCAGAUCCAAAAACGUCUACAGCCGCUAACGGACACCCUGAUCGACCUUCUCCUCGUUGAAGUGGACCUCGGUGUCAAGUCGCAAAUCUCCGAAGCGCUGAAGGUCCUCCUGGAUCCGUGCCCGCCCCCAGUGCAACAGCAACAACAGCAACAGCAACAACAGCAGGAGUCGCGUGGGGAGUUCUCGGGCCAACCCAGGCUCCGCGUGCACCCGGGCAUCGAUCCACAACAGGACGCGUUCCUGACGCACUUUUACGAGCACUCGGCCGUCAGAUUGUUCAAGCCUCUUCUCGAACUUGAGAAACGGACUGAGAUGAAGUUCAGCCCGUCAGAGCAAGGCGUGUUUAGCUACCUGAACGACAUCCUCUGCUUCUACGUUCAGCGACACCACCACCGUAGCAAGUUUUUCGUAUUUACUUAUAACAUGGCCUCCCGGCUCGUGCAGCUGCUUGCCUGUAAAGAAAAGCAUUUGCAGCUUGUUGCCGUCCGCUUUUUCCGCCACCUCGUGAUAAUGCAAGACGAGUUUUACGUCAACCAUAUGGUCGACAAGCAGGUCCUAGGCCCCAUCCUCGAUGUCCUACUCCGGACCCUACCGCGGGACAACCUCCUCUCGUCCGCCUGCCUUGAACUCUUCAUGCUUGUUAGUAAGGAAAAUAUCAAGGAGCUGAUCAAACAGAUGGUCGAGAACUACCGCGAGAAGGUCAUGGCCCUUGCCUACAUCCCCACCUUCAGCGAAAUCCUUCACCGCUACGACCAGACCCAAGGCUUCACCAUCAACAUCGAUCCCUAUUUCGAGUCCGAGGAUGAAGUAGGGAGGGGGCGCCCGCCCAACGGCGCUGCGCGCGGGAUGAUGGAGCAUAUUUCCGUCGACCAGGCGCAGGAGGACUACUGGAACACAUCAGACGACGAAGAGGACUUCACAUCGCAGCACCCCAGCGCCGAGGAGCUGCAGCGAUCGCUAGAUAUGAUGGCGGACAGGAGCCCGUCAAAACCACUAGUCGAGUACACCUCGGACGAAGAGGUAGACGAGAACGACGCUGUCAUGACCAAUCUCCCCACAGGACCAACAACAGGCCCAUCCCCAAGCGACGAAUCGACACCAUCGCCGACCCCGUCCAGUCCCGCCAGCGCACCAACGAAUGGCACAUCCCCAUCCGCAUCAGCCACAGCAGCCGCCGCCGCAGCAGCAACAGCCCCACCGCCCGAGCGGCUCUCGGAAAAACGCCGCCGCGAAGAAGACGACGACGACGACGCCCUCGACAAACUGACGCAGCACAAACGACGGAACAGCAGCAGCGCCGCGUCGAAUGCCGCUCUGCCGGUAUCAACGGCCAUUCUUCGGAAAAAACGGAGCUUCACGGGGCAUGGGCACGGCGCAUCAACAACAUCAACAGGCGGUGGGAGUCCGAAAGGAGGUGGUGCAGGGGGUGGGGGUUUGAAGAAGAUUGCCAUUAGUAUCUCACAGGCUGCCAAGGCCGCUGUGGUGAAGGCUGAUGAGGGCGGUGGUGGCGACGGGAGUGGGCGGGAGUAGACGGCUGGUUUGGCUGACCGCUCGCCAAUCCUCUCUCCUCCCCAAACCGGCGGCUCAGCGAGCAACAUACUCCCCCACCCACCCCUCCUUCCCGUACCACGCAUGUCUUGCGUUCAGCACCCCAGGCCCUGCACGGGUCCAUAUGACGGAUAAUGUCCCAUCACAAUCCCAUUCCCAUUCGCAUUCCGGUUCUCAUGG